AUGCAGCUGGCAACGUUCCAGGAUCCGCAGUCUAGCUCAUCACCAGCUAUUACCGCAGACAAGAGCAAUAAAAAGAGUGAAGACGCUGGCAACAGAUCCUGCACCGAUCAGCCAAUCGCUCUCUCUCGUGCCAGAAGGAAAAGUGCUCCGAUUUUCCAGGAAGGAUUUGCAAAAACGAAAAUACAACUUCUGGAGUCUUCUGAAGCAUCUUCACCAAGCACUCGUUCUGCUUCGGUAGCAUCCAGUGAUCAAUCUUUCGUGAUAGAAGAAGAACAGUUAUCUGCUAAAUUGGGACGUUCUCUUACUAGUGGCAGGGGACGGGGAGGCAGGCGUUCUUCCUUGGUAAAAACUCGUGGAGGCAGACGACCAAGAAUUACUGUAACUACGGAUCGAACGACGCCUGUUCCUCCACCAAAAAUAUCACCGCCAAUUCCGAAUGUUCGGCGAUCCCGUCGUAGUAGCAUUCAUUCAAGCAAGGCGCGUGAUUCUGAGCAAUCCGAGCAGCAACAGGAGAGCCACGAUGCAUGGGUACCGGCAAAGGAUGUGAAUCCUAACUCUGCUUUGGGAAUCUUACGUAGAGUGUCUAGAUACACGCGUCCAAUUAGAUCUCCUUCUCCACAGCCGUCGACAGAAGCUUUGCCUAAACGUGAAAGGAAGACUGCCGAGCAGGCAGUAGUGCCUGUGGCAACUCCGAGUGUCGAAGUUGAAGACACAAGAUGUUGGAGCGAAAAUACCGGAGUCAUCGGAAGAACAGAACAAGAAAGUUCUACCGGAGCCAUCGGAAGUACAGACCGAGGAAGUUUCCGUUCCUUCAGAAGAAGAAGACAAAACUGUGCCAUCCUUGCUGGGAGAGCAUGGUGGAGAGUCUUUGUUGCCCCAGCAGAGCAGAUAAACGAGCCUUCGAGUUGCUCGAAAGAAGAGAAGGGCACACUCUCAGCUGUAGAGGAGAAAUCUUCUGAAACUGUUAGUAACCUGACUGUCGAAGUCGCAGGGUGUUCAACGGCGGUUCCUUGGGAAAGCAAAAACGAUGAAGGGAAGCCUGUCUAUGAAACAAAGGAACCUCAAAAAGCGAAGACUGGAGAGGUUGUGAAAAUUUCGCCGUCAAUCCAUGCAGCAGGACGGAUAUCUUCACGAGCUGUUCGCCCAUCCUCACGAUUUUUAAACGCUGACUUCAUUUCACCGAUACGAAGAAGGAGGGGAAGACGCCCCAAGAUCGCAACCCAAGAGGGUGCAACUGGUAGUGAACCUGCAGUUGUUGUUGGGACUACAGAAGAAGCGGGCAAGAGCGAAGCAGCUGCAGAGCAGAAUGUGGAUUCUUCAUCCGUCCCAUCUGGAGCAGUUCCAGUCACCAAAUUCAAAACUGCAGCUGCUGGAAGGUCUCAUGUAAUGAAAACCAGGAGGGCUUCUGAUGAGCAUCCGAGAAUAAGGCUAAAGAUAAAGCUGGGCAGAACUCCAUGGAUCAAGAUUGUGGGAAGCAACAAUGAACCCAAAACGGAAGCGACUACUAAACUGGCCCCUGCCGUUGAACGUGCGCCUGGCAGGCCAAAGGCUCAAGCGAAGCGGUACACGUCUGUGUGGUCUCAUUACGUUCCAUCUGUGAAGCCUGUUCUCGGGAACAUUUACUACAGUGACGGCACUGUGGAAAAGCUUGGUGUGUCCGUGAAUGCGGUGAUGGAUCGUUUGUUAGCUGAAGUAUGUCAGGAUGGCAUUGCACGGCACUCGGCUAUCAUCAACAAACGAGAGAAGAGAAAAAGAAAUAUGGAAAAAGCGCGUGAACGUGUGCAUCGUUUGAAGGAAGAAAGGGCUGCUCGUCUUGCACAAGGAUUUGUUCCCGCGUCAACGAAAGCGCAAAGUACUGCAUCGAAUCAGCAAAGUGAAGCAGGUCCACGGGUUCGUAAUGCCAAACACCGGUUGAUGCAAAAGGACUUCUUGUAUCCAUCACUGAAGCGUGGAACGAAAGCUGAGCAGCGAAAGAAUAAGGAAAUCCGUCAACAACGCUCUCGCAAUGUAAUGAAUCAGCUAGCAGAAUCGACUCGAGAGAAAGAAACUGCUCCAGCAUCUCGACGUGGAUCUGUAACUGCUGCAAAGAUCAGACCGCGCGCACCGUCACCUUUCGACCCGGAAAAAGAAGAGCGCCUUCGACGGGAAGCAGAGCAACGAGAAAAGCAAAAGAGGCUUACUAUGCCGAUAUCCUUCAACACUUUCCUUUCAUCGAAGAGUUCCAUGCUCACAGCUCAACCACUUUUGCAACCACAACGGUUCGAGCGAUCGCACGACUGCCCCGAUCACUUUUAUCGAGAACUGCUAUGUGAAUCCAACACUGCGGUUGAACCUGCUGAGGAUACUUGGAAUGAAUUCGAUAUGGACGGUGACGACGGUCUUGACGUGACCACCAUCGAAGCGGUUCACAUACCAAAGCUCGAUGAUUACGUGGCUCCACCGGAACUUGAUGAAAGUGCUGAACCCGUUGCGGCAUCUGUUGAAAAAUUGCUGAUGAGACCCGCUGUGUACAUUGAAGACGAUGGCAUAUCGUAUUUACAUGAAAGGGCACUGGAACAACCUGAGUUACGGCGAAAUCUACUGGCAAUGGCAAUCGACUGCAUCUCCACCUUGCACGUGGCCCGGCUGUCAGCAAGUGGUCGCGAAGCUGCCGUCAUCGUUUAUAAUGCAGUCACUACCCAGGCCAGCAAAAUGCGUGACGUCAUUUGCAUGUUCAGUAGGGAGCGAGAAGAAGCUGUUUUCUGGAUGCAUCGAUAUCUUAUUGAAAUGCUACCGGUGGAACUACUGGCUUCCUAUUUGUUUCUACUUCGGCAUACUAGGCUACUGAAUUGCCAAGUGAAAUCGAUAGUUCGGAGUACGCAGAACGAUUCCAGCCCGUGGCCAGAGAUCACUCAAAUGAUUAUCAAGUACAUCGAAGUCAACGUCGUUGAACCAGACGCAGCUGAAUUAGACCGGACGAUUGCUUCAGCUUCACUACCGGAUGUUGUUUUUGUGUUGGUCGCUCCAAAUGUAGCCGUGGGAGACUUCUCAGUAAGAGAUCGGCAUUACGAUUCUGUAUUCAAAUGGCUGCGUGACUUGGGUAACCCUGCAUCUGUUCUGAUACGUUUGAAAAUAGAUGAGACGUUCUCGACUGCCAUAAGUGAAAUGUUCUUCACUGGAGUGAACAUGAUUUCACGAGCGGUUACAAAACUUGUCAGAGAACAUAAGCAAAAGCGGAUAGUUCUCGUUGGUUGGGGUACUUCGUGCUGUUUCAAUCACGUGGUACUCAACACAGUUCCCGGCGUUUCGGCAAUAAUCGAUCUGGCCUUCCCCUUACUGACAAUAGAUGGAAUGCGAGGGGAACCCGAUGAUGACAUUCUAUUAACCUAUUGCCCAACGCUUUAUCGUAUGUUGGGUUCUGAAGCUGGUCCUACCACGCAGGAGCAGAUCUGUGAUUUCCUCUCCAUGGACUCGAACGCCAAACGCCGAAGCGAUCUGUCUUGUUCCCAAUGCUCCUUCAGAGAUGAUACCUUCAAGGUCGAUUUGAUGCAGCUCAAAAUUGAAUCCGGUACUCCCCUACCUUCUCCUAUCCCAAGAGAUGCUUCGCCAUCACCACUUCCUCUUUCGCAGCUGGAUAGCAUGCGAUCGAACUUCCAGACCUUACUCAAAAAGGCCGGUAAUGAAAAGUCGUCAAAAUGGCCAGAGGAUCGACCUCUUUCUAGCGCGUUUAAGGAGCCUCGCCUCCCUGCAAAACCUGGUUCUGCCAUGGCAUCUCCAGUACCUGCUCGCACGGACUCCCCCAACCUACUGGAUCCUGCUUCGAUUUCUCUGACGUAA